AGAAAAAGAAAAAGAAGAAUGCAAAACAUAAAUAUCCAGAAUCCAGAAACCAGUACCAAGAAGAAAUCUAAUGAGUGCUUCAAGUCUGUGCCUUUAUCGUCCUCUCAUCACUGCACUCGUCUUCUCCAGACGCCGCUUAAUUAGCAGUUCCCUAUCAUCAAGUAGCCCUUUAGUCCGUGUUUGGUCUUACUCUUCCUCUCAUUCCAGCAAUGGCCCAACUCCACCACCAGCUAUUGUGGAAAAAAUGGAGGAGCAGACCAUUGGCGUGGCUAAAGUCGAUACCUUGAAGCAGAAAAUGGAGCUUCUUGGGAUUCUUUGUAGUGAUUCUUGUGUGCCUGGACGCUAUACUAAUCUACUGUGUCCCAAGUGCAACGGUGGACCGUCAAUGGAGAGGAGCUUGUCUGUUCACAUUGUCCAAAAGGGGGAUUUGGCAAUGUGGAGGUGUUUUCGAACUGAUUGUAGUUGGGGUGACAAGGUAUUCAUAGAUGGCAGGGCAGCACAUAAUGAGGUGAAGAAGAUAGUCCAAUUCUCUGGACAAAUGACAGAGGAGAGCCUCAGGUUAGAACCACCAGGGGAAAAGGUAACUGCAUACUUCAGUGAGCGAAUGAUAUCUGACGAAACUCUGCGGAGAAAUGCUGUAAUGCAACGUUCUGGUGAUAAGGAUAUCAUUGCAUUUACUUAUAAACGUAAUGGACUGCUUGUUGGCUGCAAGUUCCGACGCAUAGAAAAAAGAUACUGGCAGGAGAAGGGUUCCGAGAAAACACUAUAUGGAAUUGAUGACAUAAAUGAUGCAGCUGAAAUUAUCAUUGUUGAAGGUGAAAUAGACAAGCUUUCAGUGGAGGAAGCUGGCUUCUGCAAUUGUGUGAGUGUCCCUGAUGGUGCGCCAGGAAAGAGUUCUAAUAAAUUGCCACCUGUGGAAAAGGACACUAGAUAUCAGUAUCUGCGGAGUUGCAAACAGCAUUUGGAUAAGGUUUCUCGGAUUAUCCUGGCAACUGACAAUGAUAAACCAGGACAAGCUUUGGCCAGAGAUAUAGCACUCCGCCUUGGGGCGCACAGAUGUUGGCAAGUAAGUUGGCCAAAGAAAGAUGAGUCCAGCUAUUACAAAGAUGCUAAUGAGGUUCUAAGGCAUAUGGGACCUGAUGCUUUGAGAAAGGUAAUUGAAAAUGCCAAACCGUAUCAGCUAUGCAUCUCAGACCAAGUAGUAAGUUCAGACAAGCAUAAGCCAGAAAGAAUACCAGCUUCUUAGCACACGAAGCUCACAUGAAGGCUGCAAAGUUUUUACAAGAUUUUCUACUUGUCGUUCAUAUCCCCAGGGGUUUAGGUUGAUUUAACUUUGUAUAGAAGAGAAGGUAGAACAGGUUAACAAUCAUUGCUUAGUUUGUAUAGAAGGAACUCGCUAUACAGAUUCGACCCCAUUGUUGGAAAUAGGUUGAAAUUCUGGGGAUUUACCUCCCCGAAUCUUCUUGUGAAUUUUACUCUCAACCAUAUGUAAUCUCUUUUUUUUAAAUUUGUUGUACUGCAAUAAGUUACCAUAUAUGUUAAUUCUAACUGGAGCUUUAUCUUCAGUCAA